AUGUCAGGCACAAACAAUGUGUUCUCCCAGCUUUCCGGCUCCACCCCUGCCGACGCCUCCAUCUCCAAAGAGCACGGUCUCGCUUACUGGGAAUCCGUCAGCGCCGACGAGAACGGCAUGCUGGGCGGUAUCCCGACCUUCGCCGGCUUCGCCAACACGUCCAAGAUCGACCUGCAGGGCUCUCGCAAUUUCCUAGCCAAGUUCGGCAUUGGUUCCAAGCCAGGCUUGCGCAGGUGCAAGCGCAUCCUAGAGGGCGGGGCGGGUGUGGGAAGGAUCACGGAGGGCUUGUUGACUGAGUUGUUGGUGGAUGAAAAUGAGGAAGGGAAAGGACCUGGGAAGGUGGAUGUGGUUGAGCCAAUUGCGAAGUUUACGGCCAAGUUGCAGGGGAAAAAGGGGGUGGGGAAGGUUUACGUGAUGGGGUUGGAGGAGUGGGUGCCUGAGAUUGGGGAGGGGGAGAAUAAGUAUGAUUUGGUGUGGACGCAGUGGUGCGUAGGACAUUUGACGGAUGAGCAGCUGGUGGCGUACUUGCAAAGGUGCAAGAGCGCACUGGCCGAGGAUGGGUUGAUUGUGAUCAAGGAGAACACGACGGUGUUGGGGAACGAUGAGUUUGACAAGGAGGAUAGUAGUGUCACGAGAGGCGAGGCGACAUUCCAGAAAGUCUUCCAAAAGGCUGGGUUGAAGGUUGUCAAGGCCGAGUUCCAGAAGGGCUUCCCCCAGACGAGGACCAUGAAGCUUCUGCCGGUACGGAUGUAUGCUUUGAAGCCUUGA